GCAUUAAAGAUGAUCUAAUGUAACAAACCCAAACCCUAAGAUUAUUAAAAUACCUGUAAAAUGGAAAUUAGGCUUAAGUCUUACACGAUAUCUUAUGGUAUUUCAGCUCUCACAAAAGCAGUCGGAUGAAGACCUUAGAUAAUAAAGAUAAAAAGUGGCAUGAAAACUGCUGAAAUAAUUAAAAAAGCAAUAAUCUAAUAGCUCUUAAAACACAACAAAAAAUGCAUUAGUGGAUUCCCAAACUUUUUUUGUCAUAUUUACUUGAAGUUCCCCAGAGAUUUUGAAAUAAAUAUUUUAAGUAUCACAUUUGCAUGCAUUUUCAUGGUUCUCCUACAAUGGUCAGUAUAUGCAGGUAACCAUAUAAAAUAUUUCAUUUUUGUCGUAUUUUAUUUUGAUGUUCUAUUAUGAUUUAUUUUUAAUGCACAUCUUAAUGAUUUGAUCAUUAGGUCCUCAUUAAACUCUCGAACCCCCUGCAGUUCCUUUUUGAACCCAAGUAUGAGAAACUUUGACAUAAUGUCGUUCAUUAAUUCAUUUCAUGAUGUUCAUUUUCUUUCUCUUUCUGUUUUUAUAUCCAUAUUGUAAAAGUUGAUCCUAUUCAAAUCACUGUUAGGUUGGGUUGGGGUCAAAAGUAAUCAAAAAGUUAUCUUAUUAUAUUACCUAAAAUGUGCAAUGUAAUUGAUUUCGUUACUAUUUAUUUUAUUUUUUUUCAUGUAAUUUGGAAUCAGAUUACAAUUUUUAAGUAACCCAGCUCUGAUGAAGACUAAUCGUUUCAGCCCUAAUUAAGAGUGAAAUAGUGAAGACAUGCAUCAUUAUAUGAAUGAAUGACAUAUAUCAUGUGAUAUUGAUCUGGUUUUACAUAUUUACUCAUUAUGCAUAUUUAGUUUUCUAAGUUAGUUUUAGACUGUGUUUGUGUGUGUACAUAGUCUACAUGUAUAAAUAUAUGCCUGUUUAUGCUUUGAACUGUGAUGACUGCGAUACAUCGGGUUUAUACAGGCUCUUUUCUUAAUUAGAAGGCUAAUACAGUAUCUGUUUAUUUCUUAAGGCUAUUAUUAAAUAUAUUGUUCUGUUUCUGUGAUGAUGACGUUGAAAGAGCGCUUCUCAUAUUACACUUCUUCCCGCGACGAACCCCUCAGUCGCGCCAAAAUCCCACCUGUGUCCCUCAUAUUUGUUCCUGCUUGAGCUUCUCAUUAAAAGAAGCCCGGGGGACAUUUGGCAUUUAUAUAAUGUCAAUUAAUCGUCUGUGGUGAUUAAUUACGUCCCCAAUGACUUGCAGCGGCCCCUUUAAAUCUUCAGGAGGGAGCAGAGGCAGAGCGCGCAUACAGCCGCCAACAAACCCCCCACAGGCUUGGUCAGAACGCGUCUCUGAUUGGCUACGACCGUCGCUCCGAGUCAUUCCCUCCUCGUUCGGCCAAUGAACGUCGGUAUAUGUGCUUAGCGGCUACCUGAUUGGCUGGGGGAGGGUGUAACUCUUCAGAGCGCCAGAAACGAGCUUUAGCGGGUGAUUCAUACUGGCUUGGCGGCUGAAAUAAGAAGAUUAUUAGUUAUGAUCUUCUGAUUUGGAGAGAAAAAUAUGUUCAUUUAAGGAGCAAAACAAAGGAUCACCACUUCACAUGAUUCAAUCACGCUUUAAGGAUUUUUUUAUUCCAAGAACGGGAGUUUAAGAUGGAGAUGAAGUGUUUAACACUAAAGGAUUUGAUUAGUGUGAGGACACUAGUGAAUAAGACGGGCUCGGAGGAUACCGGAAACACCAAUGACCGGAAAGUAAGAGAUCUGCAUGAGAACAUCUGCAUGGACAGAAGAAAAACGACCCCUCUGAAGAGUGAGUCUGUGAAUGGACAUAGGAGAGUGUCCAGCCCAGAUAUCACCCACAUGACCCCCAAUAAACACGCAGAGAGGGCCCAUCCGGACCCCUGGACCCCGACAGCAAACCUGAAAAUGCUAAUCAGUGCCGCCAGCCCAGAUAUCCGCGACAGAGAGAUGAAGAAAACCCUCUUCAGACCCAUCGAGAAUGAAGAGAAGUCUGUAGAGGAGGAAGAAGAGGAAGAACUCGACGACUCGUGCCAGUAUGAAGCGUUAGAUGAUUCUGAGAGGAGACCCAGUCGCAAACAGAAGAGCUUGGGGCUUUUGUGUCAGAAAUUUCUGGCAUUGUACCCUGAUUACCCAGAAACCUCUGAGAGCAUCAAUAUUUCUCUGGAUGAGGUGGCAACACGCUUAGGCGUUGAGAGACGUCGUAUCUACGACAUUGUGAACGUGCUGGAGUCUCUGAUGCUGGUGAGCAGAAUGGCUAAGAACCUGUACGUGUGGCACGGACGCUCAGGACUGACACGGACCCUGCAGGAUCUCCAUCAGGCGGGACGCGAGCAGGGCUACCAUCUGCAGAUGGACCAGAGACCGUGUGCCGCCCACCACGUGCAAAACUCACACGUGUUUUACAGCAUGGUUUCUCUCUCUAAUUCAGCGUCCUCCAGCAGAAGGAAGGACAAAUCGCUCCGAAUCAUGAGCCAGAAGUUUGUCAUGCUGUUUCUGGUGUCCAAAACACAGACCGUUACCCUCGAUACAGCGGCUAAGAUCCUGAUCGAAGAGGGCCAGGAUGACUCCAGCCACAGCAAGUAUAAAACUAAGGUGCGACGUUUGUACGAUAUCGCUAAUGUCCUGACCAGCCUGAAUCUGAUCAAGAAGCUUCACGUGAGAGAGGAAAAGAGCCGGAAACCCAUCUUCAUAUGGAUUGGACCAGCCGAUUUCCACAGCAGCUGCGAUUCAGACGAUUUGAGAGUCUCCGAAGCUCAGAUUAGCUCCACCGGGGAACGACGGGAGAAGAUGACGCGUCACUCCUCCUUCCAGGUCACUUCUACCCCUUCUGUCAAUCAAAGGCGGAUAAGCUCCGCCCCCAGCACACCUCACAGACCUACCACAGACGAGCCUGUGGAUUAUUCUAGGAAGAGUGUGAACACUAACGCAGUGUGUCAACUGCAGUUUGGAGACAGUGUUCAGUCCAGUGGACGUCCUGUGGCGUCGUCUCUUCAGACAGAUGUGUCUCAUGCAUCUCUGCCCGUUUCAGCCCAGUUCGCUCCUCACCAGUUAGCGUACGUGCCCGGUCUGCCCCAAACACCCCUGAUCAUGGUGUACAGCGGACACGUGCCAGACGCCAUCGGGUCACCCGUCUCAGGACAUCUGAAGAAGAGAGAGAGACCAGAGGAAGAGAAAGAGGAACAGACAGCGAAACGAAGCAACCGCUCGGCUUCCAUAGAGAGUCAAAUGGGUGAGAGUGCCAGAAGGUCUUCAGUCUGCUCUGGCGACGGUUCCCCGUGGGACGAGACCUCGUUUGGGCCUGUAAAUGAGGAAGAGGCGGGAGCACGCAGCCCUAAAGACCCCCGGCUGUCCUCUCAUUACCUCUAUGUUCCUAACACGGCAGGUCUGAACGGUUUGAACUUCCUCGUGCCAGCGGGACACACACAAGGUGGCGUGCCGGGUGUAGCCAUGCCGUAUUUUUUAGUGCAUUCACCGCUCAUGCCCUCCUCCAGCGGCGAGGCUUUGAGUUUCAGCGUGCUGUCACCGGCUCGUUUUGUGAUGCCCGGAGGGGCGUUUGGUGUGAUCGAAACACUGAACACCACUGAGCAUCGUGCACAAGAAAGCCCUCGGCCAGCGCAAACACAGACUCCUGUGACACCAAAGGAAGCGGCGGGGUGCUCCAAAUCUUUCUUUGAGACGCCCGGAGCCUUUGGCUCUCUCAGCACCCCCCCGGCGGCACGCAAAAGAGGCUCCGCCCAGAGGAGGCUGGACAUCGGACACACCGCAGCCAAUUAAAUCAGCCGUAUUCAUGCUUCUGUGGUGCUACAGUGCCAAAGACAGACACAGCAUUACACCGCAAACUUGACUGAUCAACAUUUCCUGUUUAGUAGCGAGGGCAGAUAUUAGUGUAUGCGGCUCUAUUUGUUAUCCCAAACCGCUUUAGAUAGUAUUUUGGAGUUCAUUCGACAUCCUACUAGUAUAUAAACCCUUAUUAUUUAUUACAGCUGAGGCUCAAAUCAACAAUCCAGCUCUAGCACUACGUAUUUAAACAUGUGAAAACUAAUCAAGUCUGGAUCAGCCUCUGAGAGAGAAGAAUUUAGCCGUAUGUUCACUCUUUCACGAGUUUGUGCUAACAUGCCAAAACUGAGUGUGUUUGGGGAUACAGAACAAAAUAAUGGUUGUGAUUUUUGACACUGUUAAAGUUUAAGGUGCUACAUCCGUGAAACGGAUCGAAAACGGAGACAUACUUGAAGACCGGUGACUGAUCUGCUAUCACUGGAGCAAAGGUGAAAUAUCACAGUACUGUACCGUUUUAAACAAAGGAUGUUUAUGUAUGAACUCUUUGUAGACUAGUAAUAAAUUAUUUUGUGGAAACAUACAUUUGGAUUGAAUUUUACACAACAUGGUUUGAUCCAUACAACUGUACAGUAUUUCCUGUAACUCGCAGCAUUGAGUAUUUUUUAUGCCGGUCAGUGUUUAAAUGUGCGGUGCUUUUGUGUUAAAUUAUUAGAUAUGUUUUCAGUCAUUUUAUGUGUGGACACGUGUGACAUACAAGUAGUACAAAAUAAAUCUAUGUAAAAUGUAA